AUGACCAUCGCGAAAGUUCUCACGGCCGUCGUGUCGUGCGCGACGGCGCUCAUGCUGGUGCACAUCAUUCCGGACCUUCUCUCCGUGAAGACCCGCGAGCUGUUCUUAAAGAAUAAAGCCGCCGAGCUGGAUCGCGAGAUGGGGUUAAUCCUCACGCAGGAGGAGACGGGGCGCCACGUGCGCAUGCUGACGCACGAGAUCCGAUCGUCGCUGGACCGGCCGACGAUCCUCAACACGACGCUCGUGGAGCUGGGGCGCACGCUGCAGCUCGACGAAUGCGCGCUCUGGAUGCCCGCCAACCUCGCUGUGCGUGUGCAGACCCGGGUGUGCAAAGAGGUUGCUCUGCUCUCAAAGCUGGGGCGCGCGCCGCAGCUCGACGAAUGCGCGCUCUGGAUGCCCGCCAACCUCGCGGGCGACGAGGGCGACGACGGCGGAGGGUCCCCAUCGGACCUGCAGCUCAUUCAUACGCUGCACCAGCCCAAGCCCCCUCCAGUCACCGUCACACUCGCACACCCCACAGUGAAGCAGGUCUUCAGCACCAGCCGCGCCGUCGUCAUCUCGCCCAACUCGCCUGUCACCGCCAUCCCGGGCGGCGGCGGGCGGGCGGGCGGCAACCGCUACGUGGCGGGCGACGUGGUCGCGGUGCGCAUCCCGCUGCUGCACGCCAACACGUUUACGGGCGGCGGGGCGGGCGGCGCGGGCGGCAACGACUGGCAGGACUCGCGGGAGAGGAGCUACGCUCUCCUCGUCCUCAUGCUCCCAGCCGACAGCGCACGGCGCUGGCACGUGCACGAGCUAGAAAUGGUAGAAGUGGUAGCGGAUCAAGUGGCGGUCGCACUCUCACACGCGGCGAUCCUAGAAGAAUCCAUGCACGCAAGAGAUCUUCUCAUGGAGCAGAACGUGGCUCUGGACCACGCGCGGGCUCAAGCCGAGAAAGCCAUCCGCGCGCGAAACGAUUUCUUAGCCGUUAUGAACCACGAGAUGCGCACACCCAUGCACGCCAUCAUCGCUCUCUCCACGCUUCUCCAGGAGACGGAGCUGACUCCGGAGCAGCGCAGCAUGGUUGACACGGUGCUGAAAUCGAGUAAUCUCCUCGCCACACUCAUUCACGACGUGUUAGAUCUCUCCCACCUGGAAGACGGUAGCAUGCUGCUUGAUGUCCGCACCUUCAACCUCCACGGCACCUUCCAGGAGGUUGCGUCGCUGGUGAAGCCGGUCGCGUCGGUGAAGAAGCUCGGCGUGACGCUCAGGUUGCAGUCGGAUGUGCCUGAGUUUGCGGCCGGGGAUGAGAGGAGGCUGCUGCAGACGGCGCUGAAUGUGGUGGGGAACGCGGUGAAGUUCACGCGGGAUGGCAGCAUCACCAUUACUGUGUGCCUGGAGCGGCCUGAGUUUCAGCGCGACAAGAACUUUCCCAAGUUUGUGCCGCUGGUGGCGCUGGGGGACAAGCACUACUAUAUCCGCGUGCAGGUAAGCGGUGAGUGGCACCGGGUGGGGCUAUUGCUCUUGCUGGUCCUUCCAGUGCCGCUGCUUGCUGCUGUGCUCGCGCUGGGGGACAAGCACUACUAUAUCCGCGUGCAGGUGAAGGACACGGGAGUGGGGUUGAGGCAGGAGGAUCAGAGGAAGCUGUUCAGCAAGUUCGUACAGGCGGACGCCACCACCACGCGCAACUAUGGCGGCACUGGUUUGGGACUCGCCAUUUGCAAGCGCUUCGUGAGCAUGAUGGGGGGCCACAUCUGGGUGGAGAGCGAGGGCCCGGGCAAGGGCACGACAGUGACGUUUGUGGUGCGCCUGGGGCUGCCAGAGAAGGCGGACGACCGCAACAAGGCGGGCAACGCGGGGCAGAAGCAGGCUGCUGGCGGUGCUGGUGGGGCCACCAAGGCUGUGGAUUUCACUGGGCUCAAAGUGCUCGUGUGCGACGAUAACCAUGUGAACCGCAUGGUGACCAAGCGCAUGGUCACACGGCUGGGCUGUGAGGUCACCGUGGUGGGGUCGGGACGCGAGUGCCUGGCUGCUCUUGCCGGCCCGGGCCAUGGCUUUAAGGUGCUACUCCAGGAUCUGAUGAUGCCAGACAUGGAUGGUUACGAGGUGGCCAAGCGAGUCAUCGACCGCAUCAAGAACCCCGACGAGCGGCCGCGCAUAGCAGCCCUCACAGCCAACACGGACCAGGCCACCAAGGACCGCUGCCUCAGCAUCGGCAUGGACGGGGUCAUCACCAAGCCCAUCUCGCUGGAGAAGAUGCGCAUUGUCUUCACGGAGCUCAUGACCCUUGGCAAGAUCGUGUCCGAUCCCAAGGCCUAG